GAGAGAGCGUGUGACAGAGAAAGAGAGAGAGAGAGCACCCGUGAGAGAGAGAGACAGAGAGGGGGACGCAGAAGCGAGAGGGAGAGUGUGAGAGAGGAGGAGCGCUAGAGCAGGACUGUCAGUUUCUUCCGUGGCGCUUUCUGCCGGACGCUGCGUUUUCGGAUAGCUGGGGAGCGAGGGACUGCUGGAGAAGCGGCUGUCAUACGCACUGAGAGGAUAUUCGGCUCAGCCAAGGAGCGCGAGACACCCCUGCCCCCCCCACCCCCACCCCGUCCCCCCCACGUUCCUGGAGGCUGCUACAGCCAGGGGGGGUGCCCAGGUAAAGCUGGAUGCUGAGAGGCCAGAGACCGGGCUGCACUGGACAACUUGGAGCCCCCGAAACAUCUCGCCUGAAAGGACGUGGAGGGCGGCGUGACUGCGAGAUGGACCAGCGACGGACGUCGCGGUCUGCGGCCUGGCUCGCCUGCUCCCUCUGCGACCGGAGUGUGAUUCACAGCGCCCCCUGCAGGCUGCAGGGCUAACGGACCCGCUUUUAUCUCCACCUCAUCGGGAUGACCUUCCACUGAGACCUUUGCGCAGGCACACGCACAGCCCGGCUCUCCCCACGUCCUGCCCGGCUGCAGGUCUGUGGCUCUGCUCUGCCGUGGAGCCAGAGCGGCGGAUUGGUUCUGAUUUACACUUGAAGGCGGAUUUGUACCCCCGCAGCGGGUGACGGACCCUUCUGAGACGGGGGAAGGUGACACAGCGAGAGCGAGAGGGGUCUUCCAUUAGCGAGGGACCCUCGGAGGACCGGAGCGCGGACGCUCGCGUUCUCUCUCACUCGCCGAACCCGCGCCCUCACAAACGCAAAUCGUUUCCAUCUAAGCGCUCGCGGAAAACCCGCGGCUCGGACCGCGCGGCAGCGUACGAGGGCACAACCCGUUUUUUUUCCCCCGACGGACCGGAGAGAGAGCGGAGAUGUAAAAAAAAAAAAAAAAAAAGACAAAAAGAGAGGGGUGGUGUAAAGGACAAAAAGAAAAUAAAGACACGUGGAUACUACAAUGCGCGUUUCCCCAGAGUGCUCUGCGCCUGCCAGUUCUACAGACCUUCGGCGGCCCGGUUGGCCGGGAGUACGGAGCGCUGGUAAGCGGGAGAUGGCCCGGACAGUCUGCUCCUGAUUCGCCUGUCCCUCCAGCAGCUCGCGGCAGCCAAAACAAAAAGGGGGGGGGGCGUCGGAGUUCGCGCUCUCCGCCCCACGUGGCAGCGUUCCAGACGCUGCCUCUCGACUAGCGGAGCGCGGCGCGGCGCGGGGGCCAGAUAGCUGUCCCCGAGGCGGAGGGGAGGCGUUCGGAAGGGAGGUCGGCUGUGGGCGGAACACGAGAGGGCGUGCUUGCAGAGCGGAGAGCAGAGAGAGAGAGAGAGAGAGAGAGAGAGAGAGAGAGAGAGGGGCACUGGGAGAAUGCUGGGAUCCGAUGACAGUCUCUCCGGACCAGGCAGCCGCGGCUCGGCCCCACUGACAGGCUCCUGAGGCACAGGCGGCGCUCGGGGGAAGGGAUAAUGCAUAUCCCCCCCGUGCCUGCAGAAGAAGUCACCAUGAGCAACGUCACCGUCCGUGACAACACCGAGUCCAUCAGCCAGGCCAUGGAGGCGGCGGCGCCGUACCCCGUCAGCUUCCAGGUGUCCCUGACCGGCUUCCUGAUGCUGGAGAUCGUCCUGGGCCUGAGCAGCAACCUGACCGUGCUGGUGCUCUACUGCAUGAAGUCCAACCUCAUCAACUCCGUCAGCAACGUGGUCACCAUGAACCUGCACGUGCUGGACGUCAUCGUGUGCGUCUGCUGCAUCCCGCUCACCAUCGUCAUCAUCCUGCUCUCGCUGGAGGGCAACACCGUGCUGGUCUGCUGCUUCCACGAGGCCUGCGUCUCCUUCGCCAGCGUGGCCACGGCCGCCAACGUGCUGGCCAUCACGCUGGACCGCUACGACAUCUCCGUCAAGCCCGCCAACCGGGUGCUGACCAUGGGGCGGGCCGUGGUGCUCCUGGGCGCCAUCUGGGUGCUCUCCUUCUUCAGCUUCCUGGUGCCCUUCAUGGAGGUGGGCUUCUUCAGCCAGGAGCGCUCGGACCAGAACGGGACGGCGGCGGCCGUGGUGGCCCACACCAACCAGUACUACACGGAGCUGGGCCUCUACUACCACCUGCUGGCCCAGAUCCCCAUCUUCUUCUUCACCGCCGUGGUCAUGCUCAUCACCUACUCCAAGAUCCUGCAGGCGCUCAACAUCCGCAUCGGCACCCGCUUCCACGCCAGCCAGAAGAAGAAGGCCCGCAAGAAAAAGACCAUCUCCAUGACGACGCAGCAGGAGGCCACCGACGCCUCGCAGAGCAGCGGCGGGGGGAGGAACCCCAUGCUGGGCAUGCGCACGUCCGUCUCGGUCAUCAUCGCCCUGCGGCGGGCGGUCAAGCGGCACCGCGAGCGGCGCGAGAGGCAGAAGAGGGUCUUCCGCAUGUCGCUGCUCAUCAUCUCCACCUUCCUGCUCUGCUGGACGCCCAUCACCGUGCUCAACACGGUCAUCCUGAGCGUGGGCCCCAGCGACCUCAUGGUCAAGCUGCGGCUGGGCUUCCUGGUCAUGGCCUACGGCACCACCAUCUUCCACCCGCUGCUCUACGCCUUCACCAGGCAGAAGUUCCAGAAGGUUCUGAAGAGCAAGAUGAAGAAGAGGGUGGUGUCCAUCGUGGAGGCCGACCCCCUGCCCAACAACACGGUCAUCCACAACUCCUGGAUCGACCCCAAAAGGAACAAAAAGGUGACUUUCGAGGAGAGCGAACUGCGACAGAAAUGUCUCUCCUCAGGAGACGUGGAGUAAAGAGACAGACUACUUUCUCAAAAAAAAACUAAAUAUUUUAGAAAAAUAAAUAACAAUGAAGAUAAAGGACAAAUAAUUCACUUCAGGUACACAGAAGACACGUGAUUAAGGGAACCACUUGUCCAAAGCAGUUUGUGUAAAUAUGAGUGUAUCAAAUGUACAGAGUUAUCAGAGUGGGAUAAUUUAUUACUAUUUAUUGUGAAAACAAAAACGAUAGGUUUCAUAGGAUGGCACAAAAUAUGCUGUACAUAUUGCAUGGCUUUUUGUAACAGUAACAAUAUACGUUGUGUAUAUACCUUAGACGUGUAUAUAAUAUAUAUGUACAUAAAAUAGACACCUAGGCACUA